UGGUUGUGCAAUCUGUCGUGCAUCGACGCCGUCACCGAUUUAUCGUUGCUGAAUCGACACUGCCGGCAUGAUUCUGUCUCGCAAGAGUGAUUCUACGAAUUUGGCAAAACUUCGGUCGAAUGUUGUUUCUUCCAAUAUGGUUUGGUCUGUUCUCUGUUCUUGUCUCGAUGCCCGAUCACUCCAUCUUGAAUCUGCUCGCUCAUUUGAAACGCUCUGAUUUCUUUCAUUGUCAGCACUGUUCACAUUUACGCUACAGUUUGCCACUUUUCAUUUUUGAUCAUAAAUCAAUACUUCUAUGCUUUAGAUCCACAAAAUUUUCCAAAAUGAGUUCCGCUGAGAAGCUGGCGGCUGAAUACGAGCAGGAUGGAGGACCGGAAAUCACUGGUUCGUCUGGAAAACGAUCAAAAGCAGAGCGUGUUGAGCACAAACACAGCAACCCUGGCGGCGACACUAGAAAAGUUGUACAAAUUGCUCAAAAUGGGGAGGCGAAGAGGCGAGAGCAGACUUUGAACAACGAUCAUCAAUCAAACUCGCAAUGACUUCACACCUCCUGGUUCUAGGUUGAGCUGUCGUCUGUUCUUGUCCGGGAUGUAACUAUUCGGGGAUUCCAAUUAUUUUUGUCAGAAGUGUUUUUCUUUAUCCUAGAAAAAAAUAUUAUUCUUUGCAUGAUAUGUGUGUUGAUGUUUUUCUUUCCUAUGUAACAAAUAAAAUUUUUGAUUCUUCA